AUGUGAGUAAUUUUAUUGUUUGCGUGUUCUCUGAGCUGCAUCCACUUGGUCGGACGAUCUCUUACAAACACAUUGUUUGAAUUGCCUGAAAGCACUGAAUUGAACCAAUUUGGACUUGUUAUCAUCAGUGUUGUUAUUGGAGGUGAUGAUGGCUUUCUGAAGCUCAUCUGGCCACAGAAAGGGGAUGAUCUGCAGUAUCGCCCUGCAACAAACAUACCAUGUCGUACCGUGGCAGCACAAGUUCAUUGAGUGCACUGCCUCUGAGCAGUGCUGCUGCUUUAGCAAAAGCACCUACUGCUCUCGAGCAGCUUCUGGAAGAGAUCAACUUCCAGCGCACCAAAGAGAUGCGACAAAUGUUAAAGGAUGACACUGGGUUUGUGAUGGUACAUGGUACUACAUACUGGACUGAUCUUUUUGUUAGACAUUUCCUCUUUCAAACUGACCGUAACAUUGACUGUGAUGAUCUCCUCUUUUUUGUACGGAAGAAACAUAUUAAAAGUUCAUCACGACUUCUUCCAAAAUUUGAGACUGAAGUUGAUGUCUUUAGAAAAGCCAGUCGCAAACUACCCAUUGGAGAUCCUGAUAUGGAUUGGGAGGAGACGGUCUACUUAAAUUUGAUCAUACAUCAAUUUGAUUAUACUCUUACAUUGGCCAUUUGCACCAGAACCAGUCCCAAAGAGUUACAAGUUCUACGUAGACAUUCUCAGAAAGUUUAUGCAUCACCAAGUAGAAGAAGAAUGGAUACAAAGGCUGAAGUUGAAGAAAUGACUUACCCAAAUGUGUGUUUUAUGGUGGACAACUUCAAUGAGGUGUUUUCUGAUAUUAUGGUAAGAGAUGGAGAGAUGGUCUGUGUUGAGUUGGUUGCAUCAGAUAGAGAUGGAGCAAUCCAGGGAGUCAUUUUCCUAGGAUCCAUCCGUUAUGAUGCUCUGAAAAGAGUCUAUGAUGCCAGGGUAAGCACAAAAUUUAUUUUCCAGUCCAGUCUUAGCUCUAAAAUGGCUCAAAGAAUGACAUUUGGCCUGUUCUCAAAUUCUUCCUCUCAACGUGUGGAAUUUGUUCGCAUGAAGGGACCUCAAGGCAAGGGUCAUGCUGAAAUGGCCGUAACUAAACCAAAAGGGUAUUCUGGUGCUGAAACUCCAACAUCUGAACCAGGAUAUUGUGCUACUGAUAUGUGGGAUUCUGAUUGGGAUUCUGAUCCUGAGGAAUUUUUUGUCUAUCGUCAUCAGCGUCGGUUGAGUGAUCCCAGUGCUAACAUCAACAAUUUUGUGAGGGGGGGAUGGAAAACCAAACCUUCAGAAACAGCAGGAUCCAAAGCAAGAUCCGAAAAUGAAGGUCUUGAUUCACUUGCAAAUGGUCUAAAUGAAAUAGAGGCAGGAGAUUUAAGAGAUGAUUGCGAGUUUUGCGUGCACUCUGCCUCCAUUACCACUUCUGAUGCUUCCAUUCCUUCGGGAACCAGCAUUAAUGUUGCAAUGGCUACCAGUUCCUCAGCCUCAACCUCCACAACCUCUAUGUUGAAAAGACUCCCCCCUGCUUCCUCGAUUAUUUCGUCCUUUUUCCCCAGCUGUAAAAUGAAGCAUCCUGGUAGAGCUGUUUCCUGUGUGUCUCAGGUUGAUGAAGCAAGAAAAGAAAAAACUCCGGAAUGCAUCAUUAUGAGUGAUGAGUGUGUUCAAAAUGUUGCAGAGCUCAAUUCUGCAUGUGAGACUGGCUUUGCAAAUGCUAAAUGUAGGAUUGACCUUAAUGGAAAACAGCUGAAUCCUGUAAGUCCUGAACAACGUUCAAACAUUUUAUCUUCACCAGAAGAAUCAAAGGCUGAGGAACAUCUACUGAUGAUUUCAUCUGUAGACACAUUGCUAGGGAAUCCAAAAACUGUACAUGCUGAAGUCAGAGAUAGUGAAGUGCUUGAAAGCUUGACUGAUGCAAGUGAUGAUGACUUUGAAGACUGUAAUUCAGUUAUAAGUGAUACAAGUAAGAAGUCCAGUUCAGGAAAGGAGCAACUUGACUCUGAAAGUCAGGAGAUUUGGAGUGAUGCAGAGGAAGAUGAAUCCCAAGGAAAUAAUAUAUUAUCUUUACACAAUGAUGAUAACUAUAAAGUACUGAAUGAGGAAAUUAGCUUAUUCAGUGGAAAAGAAUCCCAGGUAGAGCACUUAAUCUCUAUAGGAAAAGAAUCACAGAUUGGAAGUUCUUUUGCAAUAAGCGAUCUAACUCAUCAUUUAGAGAUAGAGCAAAACUAUGAGGGAAAGGAAGACUGUAAUGAAAGCAUGAAUUGUCAGAGUGAUAAAGAGUAUGAGACAGAAGUUCAAACUCAUGUUGCCCAUGCCAAAGAUUCAUAUUUUGAAGACCAAGAAAGACAAACUGUGAUAGACAGCUGUGAGAAUAAGGAUGCUACCAUGACCCCACCAGAAGUUUGUGCGCAUGGUGUUGAGAUGACAAGUUUGUGCCUUUUGUGUCUUGGAUACUCAAGACAAAAUGCAGACUGCUUACUAAGACUGAAACCGGGCCAUGUAGAGCCAAUGCAUAGGAAAACGGUAGAAAUGUGUGAAGGCAGAGGUGAUGUGAAGACUAAACUUGAAGCACCAAACAUUCAAACUCAUUUUACGAGAGUUUCCUGUGAAUGUUUUACUGAGAAUAAGACCCAACAAGUUCCCAAACUAUCUCAAACACUGCCUCGUAGAAAAAAGUCUGAAUCGAGACAAAAAAGGGAUAUUCCUCCACAAAAAGUAUUAUCAGAUGGAACUGUGAUAUAUUAUUGGUGUGAUGUUCCUGGUGGAUAUAUGGGACAAUCACAAAAUGAACUUGACGAUGGAGCAUAUAAUCCAUUAUGGACUAUGAGAGGUUUUACGCAGACAUUCCACUUUUGGAAGGAAAAUAAAAGAGCUCAAUCAGUCCCUUUAAAUGCAUUCCUCACUUAUGUAACAUUACCUUGGUGGAGUAUUGUGAAAGACAUUUUGGACCACCGUGAAAGUCCUAUUUUGACUUUCUAAACCCCCUACCAAAGCUAUAUGUCAUUCCUUGCUAUUUAGGUGCUAGUCAGAGGAAAAACUUUAAAUUAUGGAACAGCACAGAUCAUUCUAAGGAUGAAUUUAGAAUGUCAAGAGAACCAAUGAAACAUUUUAGUUACCUUCAGUGAGUGAUGGGUGAUACUGGAAGACAAACACAUACAUACUUAAAAAUAUUGUUUAAAAAAAAAAACUGGGGGAAGGGUGACUGAGUAGCAUUGUGAGGAAACAAAGCUCUAUUACCUGCAUGCAGAAAUGUCACAAUAAUCUUCUUAACAUUGUUAUUCAUGACAUGUGUGUACCGAGGUAGCUAUCAAGUCUGAAAUUAAGUGGCGGAAAUUUUCACGCUUAUGCGUAUAACUUUGCUAAUUCCAUUUCCAAAUCAAUUCUUUACAUGUAUAAAUCUGGUUUUAAAGUUUUUUGCUUAAUUGUAAUGUUUUGGAAACACAACCCUAAGGUGGUAUGCUAUAACCUGAUUUCAUUAGCUUUUUGCUUUGUUUCCAUGCCACCCUAGGUAGUUCAGGUAUUAAAAGUAGUACUACUUGAUUUACUUAAUUUUUUAAAAAUUUACCUUUGAGUAGGGUUGGAACCUGUACAGUUAUCUUAGUGUGGAACAUGCUGAGAGACUAUAAAUAUUGAAAUAUUGUAUUAACUGGGCUGAGGGCCGUAAUUUGAUCUCCUUAAAAUGAAAUGGUGUGUUUCCUAUUGCCUAAGUUUCAUUGCUAUUUUAUAUUUAUGUUAUGUUGUACUUACUUUAAAAAGAUUAUCAAAAAAAAUCUAAAAUUCUUGAAGACCUUGCUAGAUACUUUCUCUAGAUGGCAGAAGUUUAAGAGAAUUCAAAAUAAUUACCAUGUUGUCCUUUAGAUCUUCACAAGUUAAGCAUUUUUGUUGUGUCAAUGCUCUCAUUUAAAGUUUUUACUCAAAUUUUUAGAAAUAACCAUGACUAUUUGUUAUAAAUGUAAAUAUUUAUAUUAUAGCUUCGAUUGGUUUUGCAAAAAUGUGUUAUUUCGCUGUAAGAAUUGUAUGCAUGAUGGUGCAAUUGAAAUAUUGAGUGUAUUUUCUUUGCCGACAUCCUUAUUGUUAUUAUAUUUUAAUGUAAUAUUGUGGUUCAGCCGUAACAAGUGAUCACUUGCGUACAAAUGCUUCAAGUCUUGUCUAUUGUACUAUAUUGUGUGAUCCAGCCAAAAAAGACAGUGUGAAAAGAAUUAAAGGUUAUUUAAUUAACUAACAA